AGAUAUGCGUUCUCCUAUCACAUGCCUUCAAUAUGACUCGACCGUUGCACUCAAUCAUUGAACGCAAUAGUGGUAGAAUGCAUGAUAUCUUUCGCCGUGUAUUCGUAAAGGAUUUUAAGGUGCGCAGAUCAAAUGAUUGGCCAAUGUGUCCGAUUUGAAACAAUGAUGUGAUUUUACACGGCAGUUUCAAUUUUCUUGAGAAAUGAAUGGAAAAGAAAACACAUCAUAAAAAAGUCAAACUUUUAGUCUCAGUAAUUAUUUAAAUUGACACUAGUAAACAUCUGUCAUCCACAUGCCAAUAUGGAAGGAAAACCAAGAGCUUCGAUGACUUGUAAAGGUCGCUUGACAGUCCGAUUUAUAUUUUUCAGUUUUAUGACAAUGGUUGUCAUAGUUUUGGUUAAUUUAAUUGAAUCAUCCAUUCGCAUUUCUACUGAUAGAGCCGUUUCAUUUAAAAUGAAGUCAGGCUUCAGCCACAUGUUAGAUUUGUACUUAACAAACUCAACGAUAUUAAAAACAAACAUACUUUUUGGAUCAUCAGAUGUCGCCUACAGUAAGUCUAGUUUCGACGAGAAGCAAAUUACUCGUUCAAACCUGGAAACAAGUAUGGCCUCCAGCAAUCUACAACACCUACAUCUGAGUGUUACCGCUUACAGAAAAGAUACCUUUGCUGAUCUGAAUUUAACACGAACCGAAACAAGCACAAAGGAGAUUAUAACAAUAGAAUCUAAAAUGAAAAAUGUACACCGUGGAAGAAACGAGAUGCCGCAUAAUAAAAAUGAGCGCCAGAGAGAGUGCGAUAAUUGUUUUAAACAUGAUUUUGAAUAUUAUAUUCAGAACGACCACAUCUGCAACACAUCGGCAAUGCACGAACAAAUUGAUCUUCUGAUACUUGUUACUACUGUGCACAAGAAUGGCUUCGUUCGGGAGGCAUUACGGACCACGUGGUUGUCAUGCACGAAAAACAAUACUGCAAAUGUGAGGCACGUUUUCCUUCUAGGAAAAACAUUUGACAAUAGGUUACAGGAAUCUGUAAUGAGAGAAAAUGAUAUAUAUCACGAUAUCGUUCAGGAGAUGUUUAUCGACACUUACCAAAAUCUUACUUACAAAACAAUAAUGGGUUUUAAAUGGGCCUCUACCAAAUGUUCUAAUGCACAUUUUGUUAUGAAAACAGACGAUGACAUGUGGGUAAAUGUACCUUCGUUAGUGAAGUUGUUGUCGGAAAGCGACUUGGCAAACUAUUUACAAACAGGUCUGACCGGCGAUUGUAUGGCAAACAAAUCACCCAUCAGGAAUAAUAAUUCCAAAUGGUACGCGUCUUUAAUUUCGUAUCCUGACGUGUCAUAUCCACAUUUUUGUUCAGGGACUGGAUACAUGACCAGCAUUAAGGUUGUAUCCGAAAUUUACAAUGUUUCUCCGAACGUGCCUUUCUUCCAUCUAGAAGACAUCUAUGUUGCUUUGUGCGCGCGGCGACUCGGGUUAUCGGUAAAGAAAACUGUAGGUUUCUACGCAGGACACAGACUCAAUGUAUGUGAUCACAAAAAGGAUGACGUCUUAACAGUACAUCAAGUAACGCCUUCAAAGUUAGCUGAGAUAUGGAAGACGCUUUGCAGCCCCAAAUGAGAGAGGCAGUUACAGCCAUAAUGAUACGCAAAUAAUAAAUAUUUGGAUCAUUUGAUGACCAUUUGCUUGCCUAACUUCAUUUACUCAAUCUAGUAUAUUGUUGUGUUAUUAAGAAAAGUGUAGUCAGUGAUAAUUUAGUUGAACAAAGACUGAACCAAUAUCUAUUCCUAUUAUGAGUUAGUUCUGUUAGUUGAUUUUCACAAAUAUUUCGUCCUUUGUUGUGAUUGAUGAAAGGCAAUAUUUAAAUUUUCUUCUUGUAUAUUAUAUAAGAAAGCCAUAUUAGCUAAAUAGACUUUUUAGGCUUUACAUCACCUGUCUGAAACCACAACAUGUAAGUGCUGAGUAUUACCAAUAUUUUUUAGAUCAUUUUUUGGGGAAUAAGGUAAUUGUAUUAUUUUAGUAUUACCUUUAUUGUAAUAUUCAAAUUUUAUUUUACGCUAAUGUUUUUGUUAGUAUUGAAUGUUAAUUUUUGUACGUUUUGUAAUUUGAUUAUAUCAAAUAUACGUUUGCUAUGUGGAAUGGAAAGUUUUAAUCAAAAUUAAGACCUUUUGAUGGAUAACGUUUACAAUUUAUAAUUCAAUAGAUUGUUUUGACAAUUAAUUUUAUGUUUAAAAAUACAACUUAGUAUUUACAUCAAUACAUUCUUUAUUUUCCCACAUUCUACAUCACGCUAGGACGUAUAUACCCUAUGUAUAAUGUACAGAAUUGCCUAUAGUUUAAAAAGAGCGUGGUAAAUAUGUUAUGGUAACGUGAUUCUUUUGUAUAUUUGCCAUUAUUGGCACGUGUGGUUAUAAUUUAAACAUGAGCGCGAUUUUGCGAUAAAAUACUUUAUGCAUAUAACAAAGUUUUUAUGUAUUUCAUUGUCAUCCAAACGCUUAUUAAUAAUUCAAGUUUUUCAGUGAGCGUGUAUGACUAUGUAAGGUUGGCGAUUUUAUGUUGAAAUCAUGACUCACCAGCAUUAACCAUUAUGCGUUAGUAUUGUUUUAAAUAUCGUAACGAUGAAUGUAUAAGUUUCCAUAUUGAACUCGGGUAACACCGAUUUAAAAGAAAUCUCUGUCUACAUACGGUUACCGAGUCAUUAGAUUCAGAAAACACAUUCACGAACACUACGGAGUAAGAAUUUUCAAUACAAUUCGAGCUUGUAUUGAUUCUAAUGGACGUUAUCCGGAUCUCCACACGUUUGGAAAACAACCAAUAUGCAGGUACAAACAACGCUGUCCAACUUUAUCCACCAAUCAAAGUUGCGUUCAAUUAAUAACGUGUGUGUGAUGAGGGGUGCGAUUUUGAUUUUUGUAUUUAUUAUGUCCGUUUUGUUUGUACUCACAUACGAGUGACUUGUUUUCCAAAGCCUAGUCCAUUCCAGUGUAAGUGUAUCGCUAAUGAGUAUCAGACCAAUGUUGCUGAGCAAUAAUAUUGUGUUGCGGUUGAGUAUGUUGUGCUUUGGUUGUAUUGUAAAAUAUAUUAAUAUACUUUAUGGUAUGACACUUUUUUUACUGUUUUGUUGCGCAUAUUUUAUACGGUGUACGAAGUAUACGCUACUUUUAAAAUUCAUUACAAGCAUUUUAUAACGACGAGGUAUAUGAUAAACUGACAUAUAUAAUUACAUAUUAGUUACCCAGGUUAAAAGUAUACGUUUUGAAAGCAGGAAUCUGUUUUAUUCAAUGUAAAUACUUCUGAUUCAGGAUGUUGGGAGUGAAUUGUAAAACUAUACCAUGUUGUUUGUAUAAUAAAUUGAAAACGUCAAA